UCUGCACUGCCAAGCCAUCACACACCUCUGGCAUCCAGCCGCAUCAACGACGCUAGCAGCUGCUUGCAGAAUAUCAGCCAUGAAGUAUUUCGCCGUGCUGGCCACGCUCGCCGUCCUGUCGGCGGCCGACGGUAGGCGCCUCUUCAAGCGGCCGCAGCUGUUCCGUCCAGUGUUCGUCGGCGGCGACGCCUCCGGCCAGGCCGACGGCUCCGUCACCUCCGGUGUCUCGGAGACGGCGUUCGGACGAGACCAGAUCGACUCGGCCGUCUCCAGCGUUCGCGGCCAGGCCAACGGUCUGGGCAGCAGCAGCACCAACACGGCCAACGCCGACACGCGUCGCUCCGAGAGCGCGCUGGGCGUGCAGCGGACCUCCGACACGAAUGCCGUCUCGGUGCAGGACAGCAACGGCGCCGUGCUGCUGCCGGUCGGCGGUCUGUUCCAGCGGCCGUCGCUGUUCAAGCCGGCGCUGCUGCCCGGCGGCGCGGCGUCCGGCUCCGCCGACGGCUCGGUGACGACCGGCACGUCCGAUGGCGUCAACGGCUUCACCCGCGUCACGUCCGUCACGUCCAACGCCGACGGCAGCGUGCACGGCAGUGGCAGCAGCGUGAGCGUGGCCAACGCCAGCAACCAGCGCACGGAGACGGUCGAUGGCGUCUCUGAGACGUCCGACACGGGCGCUGUCUCGGUGCAGAACACCGGACGCUAAACGCACUGCAUCAUAUGGUCGUGAGUCAUUGCUCAAUGUUCGUCGCGGUUUGAGAAGAGGGAUGGACUCCCAUGGCUCGUUUGCUGUUGAUAAUGUGUGUUGUUAAUGGCUUUCAAGUAUUACCCCCAAAGAUGAAGACACGACGUGCAAUACAAAUUGAGGAUGUGAGACUGACAAGCCUUUGCAAGGCGUU